AUGGACCUCGUUGCUGGAGGAAUCAGGCGAGGGCUCUGGGGCGCUCAGCUGCAGGUCUCACACCGUCGGCAGCAGCUUGGAUUUCAGCUACCAAAAGUAAAGCAUGAUAUAUCGGACAAGGUUUAUAUAGCAAAUCGGGUGUCGACCGAAGAUGACGGACAUGCUUUACGCCAACGUUGCGCUCUGGCGCGAGGCACUUGGUGUGGCCAGUAUCUGCAGCAGCAGCCCUUGGUUCCCCGGCCUGCACCUCGCGGCGGCAAGGAGUGCCCAAACGCGUGCUCUGGCUGGGGAAACUGCAACUACGAUACGGGCAUCUGCGAAUGCCCCGCAGGCCGCACCGGUGCCGAUUGCGGGCAGGAGCUCAAGCGACCGUGCAGCAACCGAUACCGCCACCCCCACGAGUUCAACGUCACAACUGCCGUGGGCCAUCUGGGUGGCGAUAACCACGACUUGAACCCUCAGGAGCCGGGUUGGCUGGCGAGCCGGUGUUACGGGCAGCAGUGUGCCCUGCUGCUCACCGGCAUUGAGCAACCUAGGUCAGGCUUGUCGGGGUACUGCCUGGACGACAUCGCCAUGUGCACGUGCGGACUGGAUAGCAAGUACCGCCACUGGGGCCGACCCAUGACCGACUCGUGCAUGAUUGGUCACGACAAGGACGGCGCAGUGUUGGAAUGGGGCCGCCCGUACAUCAAGUACGACGAUGUGUACGGCCCCAACGGCUGGUGUAACUCGCCCAAACCGGUUCUAAACUGCGGAUGUGCGUGGGACGGCAAUGCCUGGCCAUGCGAUGGGUCGCGGAGGUUUGAGCCCUUCUGCGUCAACCAAUGCACUGGACAUGGUGAUUGCUAUAUGGGCUUCUGCAGAUGUCAUCCUGGCUGGUACGGCCAGGACUGCAGUCGGAAGAAGGCAGGAAUGGAACUUGAUGAGGGCUACCUUUCCCAGCGACCCUGGCUCCGAGGUACGGUGGUCGUGCCGCCAGCCUCACUACCGGAGCCCCAGAUGCCCACCCAGAUGCGGCCCCUCAUAUACGUGUACGACAUGCCGCCCGCUUACCACAGCAGGAUGCUGCAGUACCGGAUAGGCAGUGACGCCUGCAUGUGGCGGCGGUUCUCGGAGGCCAAUGACACGUACCUGUUGUCUAUGACUUACAGUGUCGAGGUGUACCUGCAUGAGAUGAUGCUGCAAAGCGAACACAGGACGUUCGACCCGGAGGAGGCGGACUUCUUCUACGUGCCCAUGUACAUCACCUGCUUCAUGUGGCCCGUGAUGGGCUGGGCGGACUUCCCCUGGUGGCAUGCACCCCUAGCGCACACCCGGCCUAUGCACGUGUCCAACAUGAUUCUGGAGGCCUACGAAUGGCUGUCCACCACCUUCCCCUGGUGGAACAGACGGGGAGGGCGGGACCACAUCUGGCUGAUGGCCCCGGACGAGGGCGCGUGCUACAUGCCCACGGUGGUUUACAACAGCUCCAUCAUCCUGACGCACUGGGGCCGGAUGGACCCCGACCACAAGUCCGGGUCGGCAUUCGACCAGGACAUUUAUGACAAGGAUCUGCCGGUGGCACAAUUUAAGGGCUGGAGGGGCCUCGACUGGAUGGAGAAGUCUCGGCCUCAUCUGUGUUACAACCCGGAAAAGGACCUGGUCAUUCCCGCGUUCAAGUCCCCCGACCAUUUCCAAGAGUCGCCCCUGCUUGGGGCACCCCCCUUGGAGCGGGAUAUACUGCUGUACUUCCGAGGGGACGUGGGCGAGGGCCGACGUGACCAUUACAGCCGUGGUAUCCGCCAGAAGCUUUUUCAGUUUGCUCACUGGGGAAAGUGGGCUGAAAAAUACAAGAUUUAUAUCGGCACCGGAGAAACGAUCGGGGGCUCGUACAGCGAGCACUUGGCUCGAUCCAAGUUCUGUUUGGUGGCCCCAGGUGAUGGCUGGUCGGCGCGUGCUGAAGACGCCAUCCUGCACGGCUGCGUCCCAUUGGUGGUGAUGGACGGAGUGCACGCGGUGUUCGAGAGCAUCCUGGACUGGGACUCCUUUUCUAUCCGCAUCCGCGAGGACAACCAGGCGCUGCAGGCAAUACCGGAGCUGCUGACGGCCAUCUCCCCGGAACGGCUGGCCAAGAUGCAGCGAAACCUGGCCAGGGUCUGGCACAGGUUUGCGUACGCCACAGGGCCGGUCAUGCGCAGUCACUAUCGAGCCUCAUCGGAGAACAUUGUGCGCAAUUACCCUCGGGAGAUCCUGGAGGCCUCGUACAAGUUGUCGCAACGCGACUCCCCGCUCCGCCCCGUCACAGACUUCCCCUUCCAAGAAGACGCAUUCAGCACCAUCAUGCAGUGGCUGUAUCACAGAAUAGAUAAAACUAGGUAA